ACACUAUAAAUUGGGAACGUACUCUGAUAUUCAUCACUGCACCAAUUUAUCUAUGUCGCAGUGAUUUCUACUCAACUUCUUCAUCACCAAACUUGGAAGGUAGUAUCGGAUUGUAUUAGUGUUGAAACGGGCAUUAAAUGUUGAAAUCGACUUGAUUUAUUUGUUAUCUUUCAAGAUGUUCACUGCACUUCAAAAGAUUCACAAGGAUAAGGAUGCUGAGCCUACCGGGUUCGAGGAGACUGUUGCCCAGGCUCUGUUCGACUUGGAGAAUACGAACCAAGAUAUUAAGAGUGAACUGAAAGAUCUUUACAUCAAUUCUGCCAUGCAAAUUGAUGUCUCUGGAAACAAGAAGGCUAUUGUGAUCCAUGUUCCUUAUCGGUUGAGGAAAGCUUUCCGCAAGAUUCAUCCUAGACUGGUGAGGGAGCUUGAGAAGAAGUUCAGUGGAAAGGAAGUUGUUUUCAUUGCUACACGAAGGAUAGUGCGACCGCCAAAGAAGGGUUCUGCUAUGCAGAGGCCCCGUACUCGUACACUCACAGCUGUGCACGAGGCCAUGCUUGAGGAUAUUGUUCAUCCUGCUGAGAUAGUUGGAAAACGUAUCCGAUACAGGCUUGAUGGAUCAAAGAUAAUGAAGGUUUUCUUGGAUCCAAAGGCAAAGAAUGACACUGAAAAUAAGCUAGAGACAUUUGCUGGAGUCUACAGAAAGCUUUCAGGGAAAGAUGUAGUGUUCGAAUUUCCCAUUACAGAGGCCUAAACCAUUGCUUCCUGUUUUCUUGUCGAUUCUCUAGUCAUGGAUUUUAAUUCUUAUUGGUAAUUUAAAGUUGACUUGUAGAGAUGUUGUUUAAUGGUCUUUGUUCAUUAGGAAGCGAGAAUUUUAAUGACAAGCUAUUUUCUUAUUGGAUACUUGUUCUUUUUGGAGUA